AUGUCGUCAACACAAUCAACAUUCAAGAAGGCCUUGCGAUACAUGUGCACCACGCACUUCUGGGGCCCCGUUUCCAACUUUGGUAUCCCCGUUGCAGCGGUGAUGGACUUGAACAAGGACCCCGAGUUGAUCUCGGGGCCCAUGACGGGGUCGCUUAUACUUUACUCGCUUGUGUUUAUGCGUUAUUCCUUGGCUGUUACCCCCAAGAACUAUUUAUUGUUUGGGUGCCAUUUCGUUAACGAGGUGGCUCAAUUGGGCCAGGGUUAUAGAUGGUUGAGAUAUCAUUAUGAUGGCAAGGAGCAGAAGGCGGUUGAGGCUGCAAAGUGA